GUCACCCAGCCAAAGAAACCCCGAAGACAGCCAGGGCCCAGUUGUGGGAUCCCUUCUCUACUCAGGAGGAGAGGCGGGGCUAAACCCAGCCCGCCCUCAGGAUAGGCUGCGGCCUAUGCCGAGCAGAUGUAUGGUCUGCAUUAUGUCCAGAGCGAGCAGCCAGCUUGCUUUUUUCCUCUGUGGCUGUUACAUGGCUGCCCUGGGAGUCCACGCUGGGGAGCAUUACGUGGCUGAUCAUCACAAGGCUGGAUAUUACGUGGCUGCCGUGUACGAGCACCAGUCAAUCUUGAGUCCGAAUCCUCUAGCUCUCACCAGCCGCAAGGAGGCCUUGGAGCUAAUGAACCAGAACCUCGACAUCUAUGAACAGCAAGUGAUGACUGCAGCCCAAAAGGGUGUACAGAUUAUAGUGUUUCCAGAAGAUGGCAUUCAUGGGUUCAACUUUACAAGAACGUCCAUUUACCCAUUUUUGGACUUCAUGCCGUCUCCCCAGUUGGUCAAGUGGAACCCAUGCCUGGAACCCCAACGAUUCAAUGACACAGAGGUGCUCCAACGCCUGAGCUGUAUGGCCCUCAAGGGAGAGAUGUUCCUGGUGGCCAAUCUCGGAACAAAGCAGCCUUGUCACAGCAGUGACCCAGGGUGCCCAAAUGAUGGAAGAUACCAGUUUAACACGGAUGUUGUGUUCAGCAGUAAUGGAACCCUUGUUGACCGCUACCGAAAACACAACCUCUACUUCGAGGCAGCGGUUGAUGCCCCUCUCAAAGUAGAUCACAUCAUUUUCGAUACCCCUUUUGCCGGCAAGGUUGGCAUCUUCACUUGCUUUGAUAUAUUGUUCUUCAACCCUGCCAUCCAACUCCUCAGAGACUCUGAGGUGAAGCACAUUGUGUAUCCGGCCGCCUGGAUGAACCAGCUCCCGCUCUUGGCAGCUAUUCAGAUUCAGAGUGCUUUUGCCAUUGCCUUUGGCAUCAACUUUCUGGCUGCUAACAUCCACCACCCGUCUCUGGGGAUGACUGGAAGUGGAAUAUACACCCCUCUGAAGUCCUUUUGGCACCAUGACAUGGAAAGCUCCAAAGGUCAUCUUAUAAUCGCCCAGGUAGCCAGGAAUCCACAGGGCCUUGUUGGUACAGAGAAUGCCACAGGUAAAAUGGACCCAUCCCAUAGUAAGUUUUUAAAAAUCUUGGCAGGCGAUCCAUACUGUGAAAAGGAUGCUCAAGAAGUCCAUUGUGAUGCAGCCACCAAAUGGAACAUGAAUGCUCCUCCCACAUUUUACUCUGAGAUGAUGUACGACAAUUUCACCCUGGUCCCUGUAUGGGGAAAGGAAGGCUAUCUCCGAGUCUGUGCAAAUGGCCUCUGCUGUUAUUUACUUUACCAGAGGCCCACUUUGUCGAAAGAGCUGUACGCCCUAGGGGUCUUUGAUGGACUCCACACUGUACAUGGCACUUACUAUGUUCAAGUGUGUGCCCUGGUCAAGUGUGGGGGUCUUGGCUUUGACACCUGCGGGCAGGAGAUCACAGAGGCCACGGGGAUAUUUGAGUUUCACCUGUGGGGGAACUUCAGUACUUCCUACAUCUUCCCUCUGUUUCUGACCUCAGGGAUGACCCUGGAAACCCCUGACCAGCUUGGCUGGGAGAAUGGCCACUAUUUCCUGAGGAAGAGUAGACUGUCCUCUGGCCUGGUGACAGCAGCUCUCUAUGGGCGCCUGUAUGAGAGGGACUAGGGAGAGUGUAGGGCGGGCUCUGGCUGCUGUGGGACAGCCCUGCACUCACACAGCCUGUAGCCUACAGCCCUGGGGCCGCCCCUCUGCCCCAGAGCCCCUCCUGGGAGCUGUGGGAAGAAGUAGGGGAGGCAGAUUCCGCCGUGUCUCUUCCUCUUAAAUUCAAAUUAUUGAGAUAUUUUCUACUCGCAUUCAUCUUUUUCAAGCCCCAUCGUCUUUCAGCAAAUCUCUCAUUACACAGUUAAUUUUAAGAGCUAAAACAAAAAUAAAUGUCAGUUUAUAUUUUACACAUCCA